CUUCCUCGUCAACUAAGUUUCUUCACUCUUCACUUCAUAAUAUCAACUUCAUUCUAAACAAUUAGAAAGAACAAAUUAUUCAUGUCUCCACAAACAUAAAGAAUAUUAGUUGUUUAAGGAAGAUAUAUUAUUUAUAAUAUUAAAUAUACCGAGAAAGUAAUUAUAUGUGUGUGGGCGGGUACCCAUGAUCAUGGAACGGGUUUACCUAAACCCAAACCCAACCCGACCCGGUGAAUAGUGUAGCGGGUUUAAACUCGAACCCAGCCCAAAACCCAUCAACACGAGUUUUACCCGCGUUGACCGAGUUGGAUCGGGUGGGUACCCGUGGGUUCGGGUUUUGUUCCCAUCCUAAUUGUAUGCUUUGACAACCAUCAUCCCAACCCAAGUCGUAUUGUUGUAAAAUGUAAACUAAAAAAGGAACAAAAACACUUGACAAGAAAACAAAUGCAAACAGUUAAUCAUGAAUAGAAAAAAGAUUGAAGAAUAGUAGAAUACCCACAGUCAAGAAGACUGCUCUUCCUUCCCCUGAUCUUUCCAAGCUUUACCCAGUCAGUUAAUGGCCGCCCUUCUCUCUCCUCUUCUUCUUCCAUCUCCUUCUCUCUCAUCCUAACCUUAACCUCCUCCAUCAUUUCCCCAUCACCUACCCCCAGGCUGAACCGGAAACCCGAUCCACCAAAACCAGACAACGGCAAUGGCGACGGCGACGGACACCUGGAUCUGCUCGCUUCUGCAUCUGAGUUUCGUCGUCUUGGUCUUCUCCAUCCUCUCCCUUCCACCUCUCUCUUCCGCCAUUGAAGACGACCUGAUGUGCCUGGAAGGCGUCAAGAAGGCGCUGGACCCGGAAGGACGGCUCUCCACCUGGAACCUCAACAACAACUCUGUCUCCGCCGUCUGCAAGCUCGACGGCGUCUCCUGCUGGAACGAGAAGGAGACUCGAAUCAUCAGCCUCCAGCUACCGGCGUUCCAGCUCUCCGGUCAACUCCCGGAGUCUCUCAAGUACUGCCGCAGCCUCCAGGUCUUGGAUCUCUCCAACAACGGCCUCUCCGGCUCGCUCCCUCCCCAAAUCUGCAACUGGCUGCCGUACAUCGUCACCCUAGAUCUCUCCGGCAACUCCAUCACCGGCUCCCUCCCUCCCGAGAUCGUCAACUGUAAGUUCCUCAACAACCUCUACCUCAACGGCAACAAGCUGUCCGGUUCGAUCCCCUACGGGCUCGGCCGGCUGGACCGGCUCAAGAAGUUCUCCGUCGCGGAUAACGGCCUCUCCGGCUCCGUCCCGUCCGAUUUAGCCACUUUCCCCGAGGCCGACUUCGACGGGAACGGCAAGCUGUGCGGCCGGCCGCUGGGGAAGUGCGGCGGAUUGAGCGGUAAGAGCCUGGCGAUCAUAAUUGCCGCCGGCGUGGUUGGAGCCCUUGGCUCGUUGAUUCUAGGGUUUGCGAUUUGGUGGUGGCUGUUCGGCAAGAGAGCGGCGGCGGCUGGGGGUCGGUUCGGAGCGGGUACUCGGAAAGACGACUCGAGCUGGAUCGAUUUGCUCCGGUCGCAUAAACUCCUCCAGGUUUCUCUCUUCCAGAAACCAAUCAACAAGGUCAGACUCUCCGAUUUGCUUGUGGCCACUAAUCAAUUCGAGUUCGAGAACAUCAUCAUUUCCACUAGGACAGGAGUUUCCUACAAGGCUGUGCUGCCUGACGGGUCUGCCCUCGCCAUUAAGAGACUCAGCGGUUCCAAGCUUGGCGAGAAGCAGUUUAGGUCUGAGAUGAACCGGUUAGGACAGCUGAGGCACCCCAAUCUGGUGCCAUUGUUGGGUUUCUGUGUUGUAGAGGAAGAGAGAUUGCUGGUUUACAAACACAUGCCUGGUGGUACUCUGUACUCUCAGUUGCACGGUACUGGUUUUGGGAUUGGUGAGGGAUGCUCACUCGAUUGGCCGACCAGGGUGAGGAUCGGUGUUGGUGCGGCGAGAGGCCUGGCUUGGCUUCACCAUGGAUGUCAGCCUCCAUACAUUCAUCAGUACAUGAGCUCCAAUGUGAUACUCCUGGACGACGAUUUCGACCCCAGGAUCACGGAUUUCGGGCUGGCGAGACUGGUUGCCACCCGGGAUUCGAACGACAGUUCCUUCAAUGGUAGUGAUUUGGGGGAGUUCGGAUACAUUCCUCCCGAGUACUCCAGCACCAUGGUUCCUUCAUUGAAGGGGGAUGUGUAUGCGUUCGGAGUCGUGCUUCUCGAGCUGGUCACGGGGCAGAAGCCUUUGGAUGUCGACAAUGGCGACGAAGGAGGUUUCAAAGGGAACUUGGUGGACUGGGUGAACCAGCUGGUGAUCAGUGGCCGGACCAAGGAUUGCAUCGAUAAGUCGCUGGUGGGGAAAGGUCACGACGAUGAGAUGUCUCAUUUCCUGAAAGUUGCUCUGAAUUGUGUGGGUUCUAGGCCUAAGGAUAGGCUGCCGAUGUACCAAGUUUACGAGUCGUUGAAGGGUCUGGCAGAGAAACAUGGGAUCGCGGAACAGUACGAUCGCGAGUUCCCUCUGGCGUUUGGCAAGCGGAUGGUGGGUGAUUGCAAAGAGUAGCAGAAGAUCGGUCCAUCGGAAGGAAAAACAGAAUCAAUAAUUCCUUAUCAGUUUCUGAAAAUUUGUUGCGUGGAGGAUUUGGAGCAUUUUUUUCUGAAGAGCAUUAGAAUGCUGCUGCUGCUGUUUCUCCUACUUGAAGCAGAAUGGAUCCCAAGUGUUCAUCAUCAUCUUGUUGGUACAAAAUUUUCUGUAUAUUAUUUUCAUGAAUCAGAUUAUGCCCCCACCCCACUACCAUCACUGUACUUGUAGUUUGGUGUGCCUUAGCAAUGCAGUCGCCGGAGAGAAAAAAAGAUUCGUGCAGUCGUGCUUUGUAACAAAUAGUCACCGGACUCGUAAUAUUUUGCCUCUGAAGGCGUCUAAAACACGGAAGUUACUAUUCAUCGCCCUAAAAAUUUAAAAACAUCGCCCUAAACCCUAACGAAUUUACACUCUUGCCCUUUGAAAAAAAUCGCCCUAACCCACACUCAUUCCCCUCGAUACAAUAUGUUUCUCGUUUCUUCCAUCCCCUCCGACCACCGUACCACCGUCGAGUAAGAAGAGGAGCCGGGUGCCACCUCUGCCGUCUCCCACAUCCAUUGGCCAUCGGGUGAAGGAAUAAGAGAGUCGCUGGGCCUAAAUCCUCCACGCUUUUUCGUGUGGGUUCUGCUCGUCGGAAGGGUUGAAAUCCCGUCUCCGGCGCGGUUGGACGGGUUCACGACCUGCCCGACACCGCAGGUAACGAAAUUUCAACUCGUCCGACGUGCAGGUCCGGUGGGAAAAGGGAUCAUUUGGAACUCUAUGAUCAUCUAUAUUAGUUUUAUAUCAAUUGCUUACUUUCUUUGACUAGUUAAGCUAAUGAUAAACUAUUUUUGUCUUCUCUGCUCAAAUAAUAACGAGCCUUUCUCUCUCUUAUCUCUUAAUUGAUUCAUUAGAUUGGGAAUCCGUCCCGAUCAUGGACGGACGGGCGUAACCUUCUUCCACGACGGCGGUGGGUUUCCGGGACGGCGGUCGGACUCGGACGGGGAUGCAUUGCGGCGGCAAGCCUCUGAUUGCAGAGGCGUUGCUGGGUUUUGUCGACGUCUCUUGUCUUAGGAUUUAGGUUAAUUUUGGAUAGAAGGAUAAAAUUGUCAGUUUGGUUAAUUUAGGGCGAUAAUUUUAAAUAUUUAGGGCGUUAAAUAUAAAUUCAGCUAAAACACUCCCAAAACAAAAUGAUUUGGUUGUUGAUAAUGCCGAAUUGCCGAUUAAAAAUAAACUAUUACCAUAUCCAUACGUAAACGCUCUGUAAUUUAAAUGCUCUGUUUGUAUGUGGAGAACACUCGUCUACUGUCGUGGAUUCUAAGCGGCCACCGAAACAAAAACAGGGCAACAAAUUCUCGUGAAGGCCGGUGAAAAAAGGACAAAUGAGCGUAAAAGAUUAUUGGUACGGUCAGCGAUUCAUCGCCGGGGGUCUGCAUCAUAACUGACAUUUGAUUUGCUUUUCGAGGAGUGAAGUGGAAACGGGGGGCAUGUGGUGGCGUUGAAGGCAAAAAGAGCUUGGACUGAAUAGAAGAGAGUCGGUUUCGCAAUACGUCGAUGAGAUACAGAUUAUAAAAGACUAUGAGAAAUAUUUAUAGUACCUUUAUAUGAUCUAACUCUAAUUCAAUUUGGUAAAGAAAAAAAAGUUACAACUAGGUCCAGAAUAUGAAUCCAAACAACCGUGGAUCGGGGGCAUUGUCCUGAGCCCCACCGAACGUCGCUCCUGGACCCCACUCACCAGCGGCGGAUCCAGGAUAGAGUAGAGCACUAGGCUACAUUUGAAAAGAGGUGGAGAGGACUCGGACGUAUCCCGACGAGCACUGAAACGAAUACGUAAAAUCGAAAAUUUACAAAGGCUAUACUAGCUCUGACCGGAUUUACACAAUGUUAAAAGUCAUAAAUGACAGUUAAUAUAGUUCUACUAUCAUG